GGGCAGCGGCGGGCAGGCCCGGCCGGUGUCAGCGUCAGGAGCUGUCUGGCUGCCAGUCUGUUUGUCUGUGGCUAGCUGGGUCGAGGCCGGCCGGGAGGUCUGGCUGCGGGAGGCGGCAUGUCGGUGGCCGGGCUCAAGAAGCAGUUCUACAAGGCGAGCCAGCUGGUCAGUGAAAAGGUUGGAGGAGCUGAAGGGACCAAGCUUGAUGAUGACUUCAAAGAAAUGGAGAAGAAAGUGGAUGUUACCAGCAAGGCUGUGGCAGAGGUGUUGACUAGAACCAUUGAGUAUCUUCAGCCCAACCCAGCCUCCCGAGCCAAGCUCACAAUGCUCAACACAGUGUCAAAGAUUAGAGGGCAGGUGAAGAAUCCUGGCUAUCCACAGUCAGAAGGGCUCUUAGGCGAGUGCAUGAUUCGCUAUGGAAAGGAGCUAGGAGAUGAGUCCAACUUUGGUGAUGCCCUUUUGGAUGCUGGUGAAUCAAUGAAGCGAUUAGCAGAAGUGAAAGAUUCUCUGGACAUCGAAGUCAAACAGAAUUUUGUUGACCCCCUCCAGAACCUCUGUGAUAAAGACCUAAAGGAGAUCCAGCAUCAUCUGAAAAAGCUCGAGGGCAGACGUCUGGAUUUCGACUAUAAGAAGAAGCGUCAGGGAAAGAUACCAGAUGAGGAGCUUCGUCAAGCGAUGGAGAAAUUUGAAGAGUCCAAGGAAGUGGCGGAGACCAGCAUGCACAACCUCUUGGAGACUGAUAUUGAGCAGGUGAGCCAGCUCUCGGCCCUGGUGGAUGCCCAGCUGGAUUACCACAGGCAAGCAGUACAGAUUCUGGACGAGCUGGCGGACAAGCUGAAGCGCAGGAUGCGGGAAGCCUCUUCCCGUCCGAAGCGGGAAUACAAGCCAAAACCUAGAGAUUCCUAUGACUUUGGAGAGCCUGACCAGUCCAAUGGAGGUUUCCCUUGUGCCCCAGCCCCCAAGAUCACAGCAGCUUCUUCCUCUUUCCGAUCCUCUGACAAGCCCAUCCGGACCCCCAUCAGGAGUAUGCCACCUCUGGACCAGCCCAGCUGCAAGGCCCUAUACGACUUUGAGCCUGAGAACGAUGGGGAACUGGGCUUCAGGGAGGGUGACAUCAUCACACUGACUAACCAGAUUGAUGAAAACUGGUACGAAGGCAUGAUCAACGGCCAGUCGGGCUUCUUCCCCCUCAACUAUGUGGAGGUGCUGGUCCCACUACCUCAGUGAAAUGGCUGUUCUCCACACCUCCCUCCCUGCCCUCCCUUCCUCCUCCUCUCUCCUGUUCCUCCCCCUAAUGAGGAAGGCCAGGCCCGAUCUCCUGCAUUCCAUUUUGUUCCUGGUGACACCAGUCUCUCACUGGAAGACAAAUGGGAUAGUGUUAACCCUGCCCAUGCCAGAAGGGUGUCAGAUUAUCUGGACUGGGUGUCCCUUCUACUCCGUCCUUCCCAAGGAUUUGGUACUUCCUGAGAGACCUCAAGGAGAUUGCUGCCUCCCCCCCCACCCACCCAGUCCCUUUGGCAAAGGUUCAGGCAGCAAAGCCCCUAAGUCCUGACACCUGUGGUCAGGCUCAGCCUGCCCUGGGAAGACCAAGCAGUGGAUGUACCUAGUUGAGUUACAAGUUGAGUAUAAGCAAAGAAGGAUGAGCCAGUAAGUUUUAAUCAGUGGAGGGGGGAUUGUGGUGUUUAUGGUGAUGGAAGUGGAGAAACACAGUUUGUUUAAAUCACCUAGGUUUACAUAAGACACUAGUGACCACCCAAGCUUUUUUUGGUGAGGAGGGGAGCAUCCUCCCUCCUUCCACCUUUUACCCCCAUCUUCCCUCUCUAGACUUUGUCCCUUCUUCAUUCCCCUUCUACUUGCUGCUUCUGAGGGGCCUGGGUGGACAGGACUCAUUUACUCAACUGACUCCACUAGUCACGCUACCCCUCUCAGCCAGUCCCUAGAAUCUCCUUUGGAUUGGGCUUGGCUGUGAGGCUCCCAUGCAAAGGGGUAACACUAAGGUGCUCUUAAAACACUAAGCUUCCUGCCUCAAUGCUUCCUCGCCUGAGCAGCCGUCGUUCCCUGCUCAGGCCCCUACCAGGGAACUUUCAGGGGCUGUCCCUCAGUCUUUUGAGUGUGGCCCGGUUCCUUGGUCUGCGGCCAUAGAAAUUCUCAAUCUCUCACCCCCACUCACGGCCCUAGCUGUCACUUGUUCCCACUCCCUGAGAUCCUCAAGGUGACUUGGCAGAUUCUGCCCCCCUCUCUGAACCAGACUGGGAAAAGACCUGCAAUGCUAACUAAAGCAGUAGCAAGUGUUAGACCUGGGGCCACCACCAGGCAUCUCCUGAGAAAUGUUCUGUGUGGUCUUUAGGGAAUGGAGGAGUGCUGUGGGAACAACUCCAUCUGGUCUGUUCUUCCCCCUGUUGGUCUGAGUAGCUCUCUUCGCUGGCUGUGAGUCAUUAGGCCACAGGGCCUCAGAGGACUGAGGACCGAAACACAGGAAAGCCAACUCCCUUACCCUGUGGGGCUGUCCCUAGCAUGCCUUGCUUGCUUGCAGCCUCCUCCUUGGAGCUUGGAUGUUAGGACUUGAGCUGGAGUCAGGGACUGUUCCUGUAGGCAUCAGCCAGGUCCCUAUUGAGGUCAUGGCCCUCUUGCCUCAGGUUCUGAUGCCUUAACUGGCUGAAAUAAGAAAUUUGGUAUUCUCUCUCUCCCUCUCUUUCCCUCUCUCUCCUCUCUCCCCUCUCUCCUUCCCCUCUCCCUCCCUCUCUCCCUC